AUGACGUUAAAAUCAUUAGUGGUCUUCACGUGUAUUACGACUAUGUUAAUCACUGGUAGUAACGGCGAUGACUGUCCUUUAAACUUAGGGGAACUACCAAUAUGGCUGACAAAAUUAAAUACUGACUGCUGCACUAAAAUGGUCGCUGCACUCCGUUCAAAUAAAGAAAAUUGCGAAGAAAAGGCGUACGGGGUUGGAGAGUGUGUAGACGCUGGUGUAGUGAAAUGCAUUAAUGUAACAGAGGACAACAGUCUAACAACGGCUAUGCAUCAUCAGGCUUUGUCAUUUGUUGCCGUGGCAGAUGCCUACAUAUCGAUAUUCUGCACUGAAAAGGACAUAUCAACAGGUCACCUGACUCCUUCGAUUAAGCUACCCGGAUGUAACGAUGGGUUAACCCGGGAGAGUUCCAAUUGUGGAACAGAAUUUGCUGCGAUUUUCAAAGAAAACCGCGUUGAUCUAAGGUUAUGCAAGGCUUUCGAUGAAAUGAACGAAUGUCAGGCAACGAUAAUAAGAGACUAUUGCCCUGACAUGAAUGAGACACAACUGAACAUAUACGUAGCACAGAGAUCUGAUAUGAACUUCUUUUGCACUGAACACAAUAAACAGACGAACUUGGACGAUGCUUCAGAGGACGAUGAUGAUUUUCUCGGUGCCAGUGUCGAUGGGAACGGAACAGCAACAUCUUCUGUUUUAGGAAUUUCCGUCAUUGUAUUCGCAAAAGUACAAAAUGUCGAAGUGUGCAUGAACCAGAUUCUACAGAACUGUACGACGGAUAUGGGAAAUAACAAUCAAAUGAGACAGCAUUUAGAGGCAUCCGUUAAUCCAUAUCUAUUAUCAGCCGUUGAUCGGUACAAUACAAUAUACUGUACGGAGGGCGGUGCGGACAUUCCUAACAUUAUACCUAUUAUUGGAAACAUUAAAUGUGAUUAUGGGAUCCAACAACCGAGCAUGGCAUGUGGCGACGAUUUCAUGGAAAUGUUCAAGAAUAAUCCUUUAAAUGAAACUUUGUGCAGUGCUUAUGAGGAAAUGGUCAUCUGUCAGACGGAUUUGCUCGAUCAAUACUGCCCGGAUAUGUCAGAAGAAGAACGGUUUAACGACGAUUCGUUGAGAAAGAGGAGGAAUAUCUUCUGUGCUGAUGAAGAUAGCGAUGAAUCCAAAAAUGCGUAUGUGUCUGAUACAGCCGCACCGUUAUUUAGGAUAUCUUUGUUCAAGAUGUUUGAUUUGGAAUUAUAA